UUAUCUCUUUCAGCUAAUGUGGUCUCUCAGGGCAGGCCUCAGAUGCAGAUGUGUGUGUCUCUGUGGUAGAUGAGCUGACUGUGUAUCAUCACAUAUAUGUGUAAGAGAAAAAAUACUCUUGAUUUAGUUCAGAAAUUAAGAACUUAAAUUUGGAUUAUUACUGUAUAUAUAUUUAAGUAUGCUGAGGUCUCACAAAAUUAGCACCCAGUAUGAUGCCUUUCUGGACCUUUCUGGUUUUCUUCUGGACUGUUACUGAACUCCGAGUAGAGAACUGGGGAGACUGACAGCAGUGAAUAUAGGAUGGGUUGUGCUAGUAGUGACCAGAAGCAUCACAAAGACUCCAGAGAGCAUGACCAUUAUAAUUCAUCAAACUCUAAUGUGAAAAGAGAUCACAGGAAGCAAAACAAUCAAGAUGAAGACAUUGUUAUUGCUCAAUAUGACUUCCAGCCUGCUAGUGACAGUGAUCUUCAGUUCAAAAAAGGCGACAGACUCAAGAUUAUUAAUGAGACUGGGGAAUGGUGGUUGGCGAAGUCCUUGGUCACUGGUUAUGAGGGAUUUAUUCCAUCUGCGUAUGUGGCAAGAGUACACACACUGGAGAUGGAAAGAUGGUUUUUCAAGGACUUGAGUCGCAGAGAAACAGAGCGUCUUCUGCUGGCACCAGGAAACAAACCUGGCUCAUUUCUCGUGAGAGAAAGUGAAACAACCAAAGGUCAGAUGACAAAUUUUUUAUUCCCUUUGUUUGCACAUGAUCACUGAAAUUACAUCAGCAGUUUACUUCUUAGGGCCCAUAAGCACAAAAGUGCACAACAUUUCAAACAGUUUCACUGAUACAAUACUGUGUAUCCUU